AUGGCCGACUCUCAACCCCAGACUGUGACCCAGCCGUCGCAGUCGACCUCACCGGAGACUCAACGUUUACCAGAAAUCAUUAGUACCUACUGUCCACUCAGGGCUUUCAAGGGCUCCAAGCCGGAAUCUUCCUACCAUGUGACUUCCCUAGACUUUGAUGAUCAGGGCGAAUUCCUUGUCUCAAGCGGCGAAGAUGAUGCGAUUCAGGUCUUCGACAUCAAGGAGGGCACAGUUACAAAAACAGUUCCAUGCAAGAAAUACGGUGCCCACCUCGCGCGUUUCACCCACCACCAGAGACAGCUCCUCCAUGCGAGUACCAAAGUUGACCAUAACCUCCGAUUGCUGGACCUACAUGGUGAAUCUUACAUUCGCUAUUUUACCCACCAUACAGAUACAGUGACAAGUCUGGCAGUGGCCCCAUCUGGCGAUCAUUUUGUUUCUGUUGGCAAAGAUAAUACGGUGACGGUCUGGGAUCUAGCAUCCCGGAACCCGCAGGGCAAGUUGAAGCUCGCAACCCCAUACUUGGUGACCUUUGACCCUUCUGCAUCGGUCCUUGCCAUAGCCUCGCAGUCCACAUCGUCCGUCCUUCUCUAUGAUUUCCGCAACUACGACAAAGCACCCUUUGCAACCUUUGAUUUGGCUCCCUAUGAGGAGCUUUACACACCAACUACUCGCGGACGUGCCUGGACCCGCUUGGAGUUCUCCAACGAUGGAAAAUAUUUGAUGGUUGGAACGGAUUAUCACGGCCACUAUAUUUUGGAUGCAUUUGACGGCUCCAUCCAGGCAUUCCUCGCUGGGAAGAGUGGCCCGUCUGGCCGUGCGGCCCCCGUGUCCACGACAGGCAAACCCCGCGGACAGGGUGAUGCUUGCUUUACACCUGAUGGACGAUAUGUUAUUGGUGGCAAUGGUGACGAUCCAAGCAUGCUCAUCUGGGAUUUGCAGCAGAAGCGCGAGGCCAACAACGUCUUGUAUCCCCUGAACAAACUUCCCAGCAAAUGCCGAACUGCCGUUGUCGAGUAUAAUCCACGAUACAACAUGAUUGCGACUGCCGAUAAAGAGACUAUCUUCUGGCUUCCAGAUGAAGCCAAGUCAUCGGAGAAGUAA